UUAGACUCCAAAUCAAAUGUACAACUUUCGUUCCGUCAGUCAAAAAAAAAAAGUUUGGAAAUGUGAAUUUUAGACGAUUGUGAUAAACAUAAAUUUUUAUAUUAGUCCUUUCAUAUAUGUAUUUUAAUUAUAAUUUUUUUAGGAAUUUAGAUUAUCUUAUUUUGGGUUGCGUAAACAGCCCUGUAAAUGUAAUUUUGUAAAACUAAAACGUAACUUAGAUUUAUGUGUAAACUGGUUUGUGUGAAGACUUUAGGAAAGAAUAAAAUACGGAAAAUUUGGUUUUUAUAGACUAAUUUAAAACUGCUGGCUAAGUAAAAACAACACUAUUAUAUAUAAGUUAUAACUAUAGUAUAAGACCUAGUAGUAGUAGUACACGUACUUUGGCACUUGGUUUUAACUUAGUUACGAAGUUAGACUGGACAAGAUAUAACAAUUUAUAACUUAAGUAAUAUAAAACACAUUUAAGUUCUCGAUCAUACCGUAGUCUCGUAACUUGUAUUUUGUAAGCUUAACAUUUACCAAUACGAAUAAAUUUAAAUUAGGCCUCACUUAGGGUAUUAUUACUUUCUGAUACCAAACAGUAAUAGUAAGCAAAAGAAGUCCAACUUUCAAUUUCAUUAAGAAAAUGGACUCUGAUGAAGAUAUACCAUAUGAUACUGAUUCUGGAAAUGAAUCGAAUGGCUUCGAUGAUUGCGAUACUGAUGGAUUAUCAUCAGGGCUUGAUAAUGAAUCUACAGCUACAAAACUGAAAAUGGAAAUUGAAGAUGAAGAAUUUCAUUAUGAAGUUUUUUCAACAGAAGAAGUUGUCCUACAUAUGAUUGAUUGCAUUAAAGAAGUGAACACAAUUGUUCAAAUUCCUCCAACUGUUACUAGGAUACUUUUAAAUUACUUCAACUGGGAUAAAGAAAAGUUGUAUGAAAGAUAUUAUGAUGGUGACCAGGAGAGGCUGUUUAAAGAAGCUCACAUUAUCAGUCCAUAUAAACGACCUCAGAAGAAGACAUAUAAGCAAAGAGCAACAAGAUCGGGAGUUGUAAUGACAGAAGAAUGUGAGAUUUGUUUACGAGAGUUACCUGUAAUGAUGAUGACAGGAUUAGCAUGUAGUCAUCGAUUUUGUUCUGAAUGUUGGACACAGUAUCUCACAACAAAAAUCAUAGAAGAAGGAAUGGGACAGACAAUAUCAUGUGCUGCUCAUGGGUGUGAUAUUCUUGUUGAUGAUCAGACUGUUAUGAAUCUAAUCACUGAUUCAAAGGUGAAAUUAAAAUAUCAGCAUCUAAUAACAAAUAGUUUUGUGCAGUGUAACAGACUAUUGCGAUGGUGCCCAGCCCCAGAUUGUAACCAUGUUGUGAAAGUUCAGUUUGUUGAUGUUCAGCCUGUGACGUGUGUGUGUGGAAAUAUUUUCUGUUUCCAAUGUGGAGAAAAUUGGCAUGAUCCAGUUAGGUGCCAUUUACUGAGAAAAUGGCAAAAGAAAUGUGAUGAUGACAGUGAAACUUCAAACUGGAUAGCUGCGAACACCAAGGAAUGUCCCAAAUGUAAUGUCACCAUAGAAAAGGAUGGUGGUUGUAACCAUAUGAUCUGUAAGAAUCAGAACUGUAAAGCAGACUUCUGUUGGGUUUGUCUUGGACCCUGGGAGCCUCAUGGGUCAUCAUGGUACAACUGUAAUCGUUAUGAUGAAAAAGAGGCCAAAGCUGCAAGAGAUGCUCAGGAGAGAUCAAGAGCAGCACUGCAAAGAUACCUCUUCUACUGUAACCGAUAUAUGAACCACAUGCAAUCACUGAAGUUUGAAAAUAAAGAAGUUGAUCAAUUGAUGGAUGAAUAGUCAUCAGAUGUGUACCAGAUUUGAUACUUGUACUGGAAUAAUACUGACUGUUAAACUUGACCAAUGUUAAACUUCAGAGACUAGAACUAAGAAAUUGGUGAGCUUUGGAAAAAAAUCAUGUAUGGUCAGCACACAAUUUACAGGUAGUAAGGAACACCUGUAAAAUUGUGUAGGUAAGUAAUGAAAAUGUGAUCACAUUUUUAUGAAUUUUCAUCUGUUAUCACUAUUGAAAAAAUUUCAAGGGAAAGCCUAUUUUUGCUGUCUUUUAAUUCUGUAUAUAUAUAUAUAAGUUUAUGCAGGAAUUAUAUUUCAGACUGAAAAAUAUGAAAGAAUCUGCUUGAGAUUUAUGACUUUUUAUGUAAUUUUUUGCACUGAAAAAUCCCUACUUUUUUGUAGGAUUCUGGUAGAAAGCCUGAUAAAAGUUGUUCUUUGUGAUCAAAAUUUACAAAAAAAAUUUAAAUUUUAAGAGAAAAGGACAUAUUUUGAACAUUUUGUUUUUCAAAAUUGUCUUGAAACAAAAUUUUGUAAAUUGUAUGAGAAAAAAUAAGAGUAACACUGAAUCAAGUUUCAUACAAUGUGGUUAAAUAUUUCUGCUAUGAGAAGGAAAAAAGUAAAGGAAUAUCACUGACAUUCUUCUGGACCAGGAAGGCUUUUAAAAAUAAGUGGUACUACCAGUUAACUAUGGGGAAUAAAGCAUCUGUGUUAGAGCCCAAUUAUGUAUAAAUUGAUUACUAAGUUAUUGGGCUGAACUUCUAGCAUUACAUUUGAGUAUCUACUCCCUGCAAAUCAUUGUUUUGUAUGAACUGUACAGUUUGUUACAUACAUAGUUAAACUUUGAUAACAGGAAAUUAGUUUUAUGCUUAUAGUUAGCAGUUAUGUUUAAUGUCUUAAUAUCUGAGACCUUGAAAAAUUAGUUUUAGUAUCAUUUUAAUCUGAUCUCGUUGUUAUGUAAGUUUCUAGUAAUUGAUAACAAGUAUUCUUCAUUUAGUCUUAUUAAUAUCUGACAGGUCAACAUAUUGAAUAUAUUCGUAUUUGAGUGAUGGAUGACUGUUAGUUUGUUUCUAGUGACUGUUGAUUAACUUAUAGUUUGGAAAGUCACAUUUAAAUGUUAUCACAUAAUUUUUCAACUCUUUGGUAUAGUUAUUAAAACAAUUGACCAAAUAUGAAUGACCGGAUCUGCAGUUUCACUACCAGUUAUUGUAUGUUUCAUGUAAACUUCCAUGGGACAACAGGAGCUAUACUUAACAAACUUCUUAUAUCUACAUUGUGAAUUUCAAAGUUAUUCAGGAGAAUAUCAUUAAUGGUUUUGCACUUAUUUGACUAAUGAUGAUGAAAGCAUCAACAUAUUAUUUUCAAUUUCUUAGCCUUACUUAUGCACUCUUAAGAAAUUGUUUUAUGAUCUGAAUGUAAAUGUGAAAAAACUGCUGGUUAUCUGAUCAUAUAAGCAGUUCUUGAUUUAAAGUUCUCUCUACUGUGAAAUUACUUCAAGGUUCAAACUGUAAUCUGCUUGUUGGAUCACUGGUUCAGUAUCAGGCACUGGGAUGGUUGGUAAAUGUUAACAAAUUGAAAAUUCAUAAAAAGGUCCUUCAUUUGUCUAAACAUGUUUUUAUUUUCUUUAAUAGUGAUUUUGGAUAUGUGUAGGAACAAUAUGAUGAGGCACUUGAUGACAAAGAGAAUCUACUACCUUAAAAUAGGCCUUCGAGAACCUCAACCUGAUGAACCUUAAGUAGUCCAUAUUGUGCAUACUUACAAUCUCUUACUUGUUUGUGUCGAAGUGUUGCCACUUUUUUUUUUAAUCAUGUUUUCCUUUGGGGAUGUUGUAGCUUUUGGAAUAUGAGCAUUAAUGUAUAAUCUUCCAUUUGUUGUAUUUUGAACAAAUCAGCCAAGAACUUUAUAUUGAUGGAAAUAGAAAUUAUUUUACUCCUUUUUUCGUUACUAUAUAUACUGCACACUGUAUGAUUUUUGUACUGACAGCAAGUGAACAUAUUCAUUUAUAACAUUCUAAUUGAAUUAUGCCUGAUGGGAAAUAAUUAAGCUGAAUUUGCACUGCACUGACUUUAUUUAAUUUUAUUUUCUCCAGCUUUAUGCAUCUGUUAAAGAAAAGAUGGAAGAAAUGCAGCAACACAACAUGUCCUGGAUUGAAGUUCAGUUUCUGAAGAAAGCUGUAGACAUCUUAUGUCAGUGUCGGCAAACACUUAUGUAUACGUACGUCUUUGCAUACU